GAAGCGUGGCGUAAGGAUGAAGCAGGGCGAGCUGCGACGAGCCUUGUUGAUCGUCACUCUCCUCUGCAUCGCUCUCUUCAUCUACCUGUACUGGCAGCAGUCGAAGAAACUCACCCCGACCCUAGUUUAUAAUUACAAGCACGUCUACAGUUCCUACAAGAAAUCCCGGCCCCCACAAUGGACCUGGCAAUGCGUCAAUCAACGAUGCGAACGCCACCACAUUAAAGAAAACCUACCCCUAGUCUCCCUAUCGACUUGCAGCAUGCUCUGUGGCUCCACUCAACUGUGGCCGCAGCCCACGGGACCGGUUACAUUGGGCAGUCGAGCAGUGACAUUCAACCACGAGCAAUUAACCUUCGAAAGCUCUGCGGCCGGUCCGGUACGAGCGUUACUGGACCAGGCGUUCAGCAGCUUCAACGACAAUGUUAUCAGCUUGGUCCAGUAUAAAGACUAUGUGAAGGAAAAGAGCGAUUUGCGGAAGUUCUUGGUCAGAGUCAGCAUAAAGCAGCCGGAGACUGUGAAGCUGAAGUUAGACACUGACGAAGGCUAUAGCAUCGUGCUGAAGCCUCAUGACACGGACAUUGUGGCUAACAUAACGGCUGCAACCUUCUUCGGAGCUAGGCAUGGUCUUGAGACUCUGGGACAGCUGAUUUGGUGGGACGAGUACGCUUCGGGUGGCAUUCUCAAGGUCAUCAAAGGCGCUACGGUGCAAGACGUGCCGGUUUUUCCCUACCGGGGGCUCAUGGUGGACACUUCGAGGAACUUCAUGUCAGUGGAGAGUCUGAAGAGGGUUUUGGUCGGCAUGGCGGCCAGCAAGCUUAAUGUGUUCCACUGGCACAUCACUGACAGCCAGAGUUUUCCUUUGGUGGUGCCGAGCGUGCCGCAGCUUGCUGAGACUGGGUCGUACGGGCCUGGGAUGACGUAUUCUCAGGAGGAGGUUAGGGCUCUGGUGGAGUUUGGCAGGGUGAGGGGUAUCAGGGUGCUGCUGGAAGUCGAUACGCCUGCUCAUGCUGGAAACGGAUGGGCUUGGGGACCACAAGAAGGUCUAGGAGACCUCGCUCUGUGCGUGAACGAACGCCCUUGGAGCCUCUACUGCGGAGAACCGCCCUGCGGUCAGCUCAACCCGGACAACCCCAACGUCUACGACAUCCUCCAGAAGCUGUACGACAACCUCCUUGACCUCACCGACGAACGGGAAAUCUUCCACCUGGGCGGGGACGAGGUCAACCUCGAGUGUUGGGGGCAACACCUCCAGAAGACCAGCACGCCCUACAAUUACACCGACCUUCACGACUUGUGGGGCGAAUUCACCCUCAAAGCCUUGAACAGGCUCACGUUGGCCAACGGGGGGGUCAAGAUACCGAGGGUGGUGGUGUGGUCGAGCAGGUUGAGCAAGAGGCCUUACGUGACCAAGUAUUUGGACAAGGAGAACGUAGUGGUGCAAAGUUGGGGGGCGAGUCAGUGGUCGGACACGCCAGAUUUGAUAGCUGACGGAUACAGAGUGAUCGUUUCGCAUGUGGAUGCUUGGUACUUGGAUUGCGGUUUCGGGAGGUGGCGCGAGACAGGCGAGGCAGCCUGCGACCCCUAUCGCCCCUGGCAGUCGGUCUACACGCACCGCCCCUGGCAGCACUUGCGCCCGCCCUCUAGAAACCUCGUGCUGGGCGGCGAGGCGUGCCUGUGGAGCGAGCAGUUCGACGAGGGCAGCCUGGACGCUCGACUCUGGCCCAGGGCGGCCGCGUUCGCGGAGCGCGUGUGGGCCGAUCCGGUCCUGGUCGAUGCGGCGGUGCCGAGUUUGCAGGAGGACGUGUACACGCGGCUCAGCACGCAUAGGGACAGGUUAGUGAGUAGGGGUAUAGGUGCUGAGGCGAUGUGGCCAGAAUGGUGCACCCAGAAUCCAGGAAUGUGCCUUUGA